AUGUUCCUCACCAGGACCGAGUAUGACCGAGGAGUGAACACCUUCUCUCCCGAAGGCCGCCUCUUUCAGGUUGAAUACGCUAUCGAAGCCAUCAAGCUCGGUUCUACUGCGAUUGGGCUGAAGACAAAGGAAGGGGUUGUGCUCGCAGUUGAGAAGCGUAUCACUUCACCACUCUUGGAGCCCAGCAGUGUGGAGAAAGUCAUGGAGAUCGAUGAGCAUAUUGGAUGUGCUAUGAGUGGAUUAAUUGCAGAUGCCCGUACUCUUGUUGAGCAUGCUCGUGUUGAAACUCAAAAUCAUAGAUUUUCAUAUGGUGAGCCAAUGACUGUGGAGUCUACGACACAAGCCCUUUGUGAUCUGGCCCUGAGAUUUGGUGAAGGCGAUGAAGAGUCUAUGUCUCGCCCCUUCGGAGUAUCUCUUCUCAUUGCUGGUCAUGAUGAAAAUGGUCCGAGCUUGUACUACACAGAUCCAUCCGGCACAUUUUGGCAAUGCAAUGCAAAGGCUAUUGGGUCAGGUUCUGAAGGUGCAGAUAGCUCUCUACAGGAGCAAUAUAACAAGGAACUCACUCUUCAGGAAGCUGAAACAAUAGCACUUUCCAUCCUAAAGCAAGUUAUGGAGGAAAAGGUAACACCCAACAAUGUGGACAUUGCAAAAGUGGCUCCUACAUACCAUUUGUACACCCCUUCUGAGGUGGAGGCCGUCAUCAGUCGCCUAUGA